AAGUCGGCCCGGAUCAAUAGAUGAGUCAGCUCUGGAGAAGAGUAUAAAACCUCAGCAGUGCAGGGCUCCUCACAACACCAGCAUCUCUCCUCACUCAUUCUUCCUGGUGCUUCGGGGUCCCCUUCCUGUUCAACAAGAUGUCUCAUCAGAAAAAGCAGCCCACUCCCUACCCGCCCGUGAGUUGCGGGAAGACCUCUGGCGGCGGCGGCGGCGGCGGCGGCGGCGGCGGUGGCUGCGGCUUCUAUAGCGGCGGUGGCGGCUCCAGCUGCGGCGGCGGCGGCGGUGGAGGCGGCGGCUCCAGCUACGGCGGCAGCAGCGGCGGCGGCGGUGUCAAGCACUCCGGAGGCGGUGGCGGCGGCGGCGGCGGCCACAGCCACAGCCACAUUUGCUGCGGCGGCCACUCCGGCGGCGGCGGCGGCGGCGGCGGCGGCCACAGCCACAGCCACAUUUGCUGCGGCGGCCACUCCGGCGGUGGCAGCUCCGGAAGCUGCGGCGGAGGCUCUGGUGGCGGCGUCAAGUACUCCGGCGGCGGCGGCGGCUCUUCCGGGGGCGGCGGCUGCUACUCCAGCUGUGGCGGCGGCGGCUCCAGCUGCGGAGGCGGCUCCUCCGGGGGCGGCGGCGGCUCCAGCUGCGGCGGUGGCUCUUCGGGAGGCGGCGGCGGCGGCCAGCUGUACCACUGCCACAGUUACGGCGGCGGCUCUAGCGGCGGCGGCUCCAGCUGCGGCGGUGGCUCUAGCGGGGGCGGCUCCAGCGGCGGCGGCCAGCUGUACCAGUGCCACAGCUACGGCGGCGGCUCUAGCGGCGGCGGCUCCAGCUGCGGCGGUGGCUCUAGCGGCGGCGGCUCCAGCUACGGCGGCGGCUCUAGCGGCGGCGGCUCCAGCUGCGGCGGUGGCUCUAGUGGGGGCGGCUCCAGCGGCGGCGGCCAGCUGUACCAGUGCCACAGCUACGGCGGCGGCUCUAGCGGCGGCGGCUCCAGCUGCGGCGGUGGCUCUAGCGGCGGCGGCUCCAGCUACGGCGGCGGCUCUAGCGGCGGCGGCUCCAGCUGCGGCGGCGGCUCCUCGGGCGGUGGCGGCGGCGGCCAGCUGUACCAGUGCCAAAGCUACGGCGGCGGCUCUAGCGGCGGCUCCAGCUGUGGCGGUGGCUCCAGCGGCGGCGGUUCCAGCUGCGGCGGCGGCGGCGGCUCCUCCGGCGGCGGCGGCGGCUCGGGCUACUUCUCGCAGCAUUCCACCCAGAGCUCGUGCGCGCCCCAGCAGAGCUAUGGCGGGGAGUCGUCCGGCUGCGGCGGCUCGUCCGGGGGCAGCAGCGGCGGCGGCGGCGGCGGCGGCGGCUGCUGUUUCUCCAGCGGUGGGGGCGGCGGCGGCUGUGGCUCCUCCGGGGGCAGCUCCGGCUGCGGGGGCGGCUCCUCCGGGGGCAGCUCCGGCUGCGGGGGCGGCUCCUCCGGGGGCGGCUCCUCCGGGGGCAGCUCCGGCUGCGGGGGCGGCUCCUCCGGGGGCGGCAAGGGCGUCCCGGUGUGCCACCAGACCCAGCAGAAGCAGGCGCCUACCUGGCCAUGCAAAUAAGGCCCCCGGGUUACCACGGAGACGGAGGAGCUGCCGGUGUUCUCCGUGGGCGCCCGUGGGCUUAGCGCUCUCAUGAUAUUGCACAAAGUUUCCAACUCCUUGAAGUCCGACUCACCUGGAAGAAGCCGCUGAAAGCUCAGGCUGCAUCUUGUUCUGCGGUUUUCCUCCUUGGUUUCUGUACAACUACCUCCCGACCUCAGUGCCUCAGCAGUCAAUAAAAUUGCAAUUCAUGGGAA